CCGAGCGGGAAAUCGUGCGUGACAUCAAGGAGAAGCUCUGCUACGUGGCCCUCGACUUCGAGAACGAGAUGGCCACGGCCGCCUCCUCCUCCUCGCUGGAGAAGAGCUACGAGCUCCCCGACGGGCAGGUCAUCACCAUCGGGAACGAGCGUUUCCGCUGCCCGGAGACUCUCUUCCAACCCUCCUUCAUCGGUGAGCAUGCGGCCAUCCACGAGCCCACCUACAACCCCAUCAUGAAGUGCGACAUCGACAUCCGCAAGGACCUCUACGCCAACAACGUGUUGUCCGGCGGCACCACCAUGUACCCCGGCAUCGCCGACCGCAUGCAGAAGGAAAUCACGGCGCUGGCUCCCAGCACCAUGAAGAUCAAA